UCCCGUGGAGGUUAAAUAUAAGGUUGCUAUCACGUGAGCAACGCGUGUGAUAAACUGUCAUGGUGUGCGACAGUAGCAGACGACAAUUGCAAGCACAGAACGUCACAUUUAUGGAUUGUAGAUGCUGGAUUUGUUGGUAUUCGAGGUCCCCUCACUGGAUUUGCUCGUCCAUCAAAGAGUCAUACAUGACUACACUUAAUGACGCGUUCAGCUAGUUGAAAAUUUGGAAGCUAAAACUAUUAAAGGAGAUCUAGGACGACGCUGGCGACACCAUGGUAAACAGAUGCGCCACGAAAGACGGCAAUAAAUGCCUCAGUAAUGGAAAUUGCCAACAGAACAUGAACAAAUCGAAGAGUUCAUCCUGUGGUGAUGUUGAAAAUGGAAAGAAACAGAUAAACAACGAUGUCGUGACAGACCGGACGUCGAGCAGUGAUGUUAAAACUGAUCGGCAAAGAGCAAAGGAUUUUUUGCAUGAUAACCUUCCGGUGGAUCAUGGAUGGGCGUGGAUGGUAUUGUUAGGAUGUACUAUAAACAUGGCCCUUAUCUUCGGAACCCUGAAGGCAUUUGGAAUUUAUUUUGUCGAGUUUAUUGUGGUAUUUGACGCUGAUGUGUCUGUAACGGCAUUGAUAUCGGGUAUUCAGCAAGCAACAUACUCCGUGUUUGCCCUGCCUUUGCUGACCUUCGGCAUGAAAUAUGUCAAUUGCCGGCAGGCAUCAAUGACCGGUGGUUUCCUAGCUGGGGCUGCUUACAUACUUGGAAGUCGUGCAGUUAACAUUUACAUGUUAAUGGCAACGCACGGAAUUCUUUACGGUGUAGCCCUGUCAUGUAUAUUUCCGUCCAGUUCUUACCUAGUGGGACUUUACUUCAACCGUCGCCGUAGCUUGGCUAACGCUGUCGUCCUUGCGGGAGCAGCUCUCGGUGGGUUAGCUUUACCUCCCUUGUAUCGUUUUCUCCUCGACACAUAUGGCUUACGAGGUGCUCUUCUAAUCACAGGUGGUUUUCUACUUCAUACUAUGGUCAGUGCUAUGUUAAUGAGACCAACAAAUUUCUACACAUGCAUAAAGCAUGAUGAAGGUAUCAGUGACAACGAAAUUGGACCAGAUUUAUCCGAUGCCAAUAAACAACAUGAAACAGAGCAAGAAAAAUUAUUGUCAAGUAUAUCCCAUGACACACUAAGAUUGGGCCAAGCCAAACAGGACCCUACUUUACCUCAAGACAAAACUCUUGUGUGUAGUUUACCUCGUGAAGAUAAACAAAAAAGCCUACAGGUCUCUAAAGCAGAAGUGUCAUCGUUGCAGCUAUCGCCCGUUUUUCAUCACAUAAAACUUAACUCCUUUCCUCAUUCGAACGGAUUUCUUUCAUCUACAGAGAGUGUCAUAGAACGUCUGUCACGUUCAGAUAUUAUAUUCUCAGCUAGCAAGGGAGACCUAGUGCACAUGUCCGUACAAGAUCUAGCCACUUCGAACACACAGCUCAGUUUUUACAAAAGCAUCGACACCUUGAACUUGGCGGCUGACAACGAAAAUGGGAAGUCAACAAAUAUUUUCGAUGUUUCGGUUUUAAAAAGUGGCCUUAUGCGCUUAUUCUUAAUUGUGUAUAUUCUAGGAGGCGCCUCUGCUGGGUAUGUUCACGUCUUUAUACCUCCAUACGCAAGAGAGCACCAAAUCAGCGACAAUCAUGUCGCGAUGAUAGUUUCCGCCACCAAUGCCUGUGACUUUAUUGGUCGUGUCCUCGGCGGAGUGAUAGUAGAUCGGCAAAUUCUCAGAUCUCACACAACGGUCGGGAUCACACAAUUGUUAGCUGGAGUAAUCAUCCUUAUGUCCCCGAUGUACGAACAAUUUUGGUCGAUGCUUCUGUUCGGUAUAUUGGAUGGUCUCUUUGCCGGGAGUUUGUUCUCAUUGGCCCCUGCUGUUGUAGUCGAUUUCCUUGGUAUGGAAAAAUACAGAAGUGCAAUGGGUAUACUGCUAGUCGCCCAGGGAGUGUCGCUAGGGAGCUCUGCACCAAUAGCUGGGUUACUUAGAGACUUCAGUGGAACAUACACUACCUCAUUUUACUACAUCGCGUGUAGCGCUCUCGCAGGUGCUGGACUGAUUCUUGUUGUUCCGGUCUUAAUGCGCAAGUACAAGAGUAAAUGGAGUUCACCUGCUUCCAUCAGCAAGGAAGAAACUAUUGUACGUAUCUCAAAGCCAGUGAAUUCUGAAAAUGUUUAAGUACAACAACAUGGAAUAUUAAUUUCUAUUUAUACUAAAUUGGUCAAAUGUUAUUCGAACAAGUGAUGAGUGAGCGAAUGAGAUGGAUUCCAUAUUUGUUGAUAGCAUAGCCCUUCUCAAAGAACGUAUAUUUACCACGGUUUGACUACCAUGUUUUAUGUCUAAAGUUCCUUGUAUUCUUUUAAACCAAGCAGGACUCCAUUAAGAAGCUUUAUGUUCACUGAUCUGUUACGAUGACGGUAUUUGUUUAAGACGAUGCAAUAUAUUAACAGAUGAGGAAUGAAUGUAAUUAAAACACCGUAAGAUUGGAACGAUGUCCAUAUGUCUUUGGCACAAUCUGAUCACUAUGCCAAGAAAUUUAUCAUGUUAGGAAUGUUUUUCAAGAGAAUUGUUAUAUCUGACGUCUGUCAUAAAUAGCUUAUCUGAUGUAUAUGCCCAAAGACAAAAACGAUUUAUCUCUGUUAAUGAUUAAGAUACACACGUUACAAUAAUACCAUACGUAAUCUGAAGUAUAGGAUCAAACACAUAUGUGAUAUGUGUUGAAGGAUAUUCCACACUUCAAAAUUAUCUUCAUCCUGCAGUAGAUGUAGAUUGUGGGAAUGUCUGAAUAUUUUUAUUCUUUGUGCGAUAUGAAGCUGAAAGUGUUUAGUGCUCGUUAAUUUGCUUGUUAGUACCGUUGUUUUAUAGCUUGUUCUUAUUUGAAAAUAUGACAUCACUUACUCGGAUUGAUCAAUAUUUACAUGGCCGGUGUCGUCGAUGAAGACGAAGACGUUUACUCUUCCAGAACAUCUGGUCUUCUUCUUGUACUUUUUCCGCAGUCUCCAUGUUUUUCUUUUGUUCAUAUUAUGCACUAGUUUUACUAAGUUUGAAUUAAGAUAAUGAUUUUGUUGAUAUAUUGGGUUUUUUUUCCUUUUUUGUACUAAUGCCACGUCUCGCUAAGGUUUAGCAUCAAGUACCUAUGUUAUAUACAUCAGUUUUAUUAGUGCUGCCAAUUAGUGUUGUUACAGCUGUUUGUGCUCCGUUUCCGUAAUAUUACAGGUGUUUGUUAUGAAAUCCUUGUACAUAUACAAAUGUUUAUCAAUGCAUGAUUUUACUGCUUUUAGUCUUGUUAAUGGAAAACGACAAGAUGAGGUAUACUUUCUGUGAUAAAUGAUGUAAAGAAGGCUCAUGUUUCAAAUAGAAUUAUUAUGAAUUCCUAAAUUAUGCCAUUGAACAUGUUUUCAAGUCAUGUUUAUCACACUUAAUUCAGGGAUAUAGCAAUACCGGAAAAAAGAAAUUUAUUGUAUAUUUGUAUAUGUAUACUGUGAUAAUUUCGUUUGUUUAUAUGUGUGCUAUUGUAUAUUGAAGUGUCUUAGUGAAUUACGGGAAAAUACCAAUUAUAUUGUACACAGUAUAUCUUUAUUGUGUAAAUAGUUUUAUCUACUCAGACACUGUUCAACUUCAAAAGACUUAUUCCCAACUGUUGAACUAUUAUUUGUUAAAGCAAAGCGAACAAAACUGUGUCAAGUAUCUCGACGAAUCCUUCAUGUUUAUCUUAGAAGUAUUUCUGAAGGAAUCGCUUACCAUAACUUUUGUCUUUAAUAAUGCUAUAUUUUUGAAAAUCAAUUUAUUUCCUGAACCACAAUGGUGCUUUCCUCUGGAAAAUAAGUUAAGUGCAACUGUGUUUGACGCUUGGUUCUUCUUUAAACAUUCAAAUUUCCCAGAUGGCUGUCUGUUUUACGGCUCAAAAUACAAGCUGAAGAGUAUUUUUGACGAUGCUGGAUAUCAUUGCUUAAGCAUCUGCUCCUAGCAGAUCCUGAAAAAGGUAUAAUAUGUAAAUGUAAAUUUUAGUUAAAUGGUCUUACGCGACUGCUUUGAAAGUACUGUAACUGGUAUUUUCAUAGGUUCGGUUUUUCGUUUAGUGGCCUAGUCGGCAGUAUGGCAGCUCCUGGUUUGCUGUGUAUCUGUCUUUUAGGUUACAGAUGUGUUCAUUUUAUUCAUGAUAUAAAACGUUAGAAAAAUGUACAAAAAUAAUUUGGUUUUCUUAUAGAUUUGUUAGAAAUAAAUGUCGGUACAUAUUUCUUACCUAGACAUAUACAUCUGUUGAAUUUGGUUAUUUUACUUUUAAUAUUGAUGAAUGUUUGAACGUACUUAAUGCUAUUGAUGUAUGAGAGAGAUCUGCCAUUUUUAAUUUAAUACAUAUUGCAUUCUUUUGAUAGUGAUGAUCAAAAUAGUGUCAAAAUGUUCUUUACCAAAAUGUUUUCUUCCUUUUGAUUCCCAAUUUUUAUAAAUUUUCCCAAUUUUUUUUUUUUUUUUUUUUUUUUGAAGUUUUACUAAAGAAUGUUAAGGAAGGUGACAAUGUAUUAGUUAAUAUGGCUUUGUCAACUUUACUAACAGAUCUAUACAGUGAAGUCUCUGAUAUUCGUAGUUUUUGUGUGUUUUAAAUCAAUAUAUCAUCAAUUUAGAUUAAAAUUAUUUCACUAUUGCGAAACAGGUUAUCACAACUUAAAAUAACCACGCUAGCUUGUCCAGAGUGAAUCGCAUUGGAGUCCUAUUGUGAGAGAGGAAAUUGGAGUACUGGAGAAAACCCGUGUGGUUGAUCAGGGACUCCCAUAUCUUUUCAUGAUCGGACACAAAGUGAACGGCGAGUGCUUACCCACAUCACCAUCCGACCACUCUCACAUAUGCAGAAUUGUUGCUACUUUCUUUGAUAUUAACGUUAGAGGCAGAUUUUACCAGGUGUCACGUAAAUAGCUGUACAUUUGCAGUUGAAAAAACCCACACAAUAUCUGAUUAGUACCUGUUUAACCCAACAUCAAAUAGUGGGCCAACAAAAUUGCCAUUCGUGAAUCCGUCCGUCCUUACACAAUUUCUAGCUAUCGCCAAUUUUGGAAUAUCAUUAGGCGGAUCAUUCUGAAAUUCCAUAUGAAGGUUUGCCUUGAUCUCUAGUUGUGCAAAGUCUUUGAGGGUGAUCGGGAAAACAAAAUGACCGACAGACGACCAUCUUUGAUUUUGACAAUGAAAGACACUUAUCGCAGAUUUUUGAGAAACACAGGAUUGAUUUUUCGAAAGUUUUUAAAUUUCAAAUGACUAUUAUUGUAACGUUCCGAAAGCGUCUCCUUAGUGUAGGACGUCACUGAUGAUACUGCAUUUAUUUGUGGAUGAAUAAAUAGAAUCUGUGGUGUAGGCUUAUUCUCUAUUUAAACAGUUGAAAGGAUAUUUAUGUAUGUAUAUGUUAUGUCUGGUGAAAAUAAACAUUUUGGUAAA